AUGGAACAUGGGGAUAUCGAAGCGGAGGAGGUCUUUUCCGACUGCUACUCGACAAUGUCGCAGAUUACUGCAACGACAGUAAAUGAUAUAGAACAGUUGCCGUAUAGAAUUACACUCCGAAUGGCACUCAUAUUGUUUGCCGCGACCAUAGGUGGGUUGCUGUUUGGCUACGAUACUGGGGUGAUAUCUGGGGUACUGAUCAAUUUGGAUCCCGCGGAUUUGAAUCGAACAGAGAUGACCUCCCUCAACGAGGAGUUUAUUACAGCUAGUACGAGUGUUGGAUCCUUUUUUGGCUCGCUGUUGGCAUUCCCAUUGGCAGACAAAGCCGGUAGGAAGUUUACUUUGGCCGCAUGUUGUGUUGUUUUCGUCGUAGCUGCUAUCUGGAUGGCACUCUCUUCGAGCCUUAUUUGGUUGGUAUCUGGGAGAAUGAUUGUAGGCGUAGCAGUUGGCGCUGCUGCUCAAUGCGUCCCCAUAUAUUUGAGCGAGAUAUCACCGGCAAAGGUUAGAGGGUUUAUCCUGACUUUGAAUUCCGUGGCGAUCACGGGAGGCCAAUUACUCUCGUACAUCAUCGCUUAUUUUCUUGGUGACGCAAGGCACGCUUGGAGAUACUUGUUUGCGAUCUCUGCGAUUCCUGCUAUAUUCUUUUUGCUCGUAUUGGAUUUUGUCCCGGAAUCACCACGUUGGCUGAUAUCGAAGGGGAAACUUGCUGAAACUCAACAUGCCAUCAAACUGGUUUACCCAACUGCCACAGAGGUCCAAAUUGUAUACAAGAUGAAGAAGUUGGUUCAUGAUAUAAACAGACUACACAAUUACGAAGAUAUCGCCCCGCUAAUGUGUACCUUUAGAAAUAGCCCAGAUGUGAACAUUCCAAACACUCGGAGGGCAUCUACAUUACAACAACAAGCUAGAUCAGAGCGGGCUUUGUCUGACUCAUCAACACCGUUGAUUAUGGUGCCUAGAAACGCAUCCAGUAAUCAACUUCCCAGAAAAGUUCACAAGAUGGAACCAAGGACGAAGAGAGCCCUCUUUGUUGGGUGUAUGCUUAUGGUUUUCCAGCAAAUCACAGGAUUCAAUGCAUUCAUGUACUAUUCCCCAAUAAUAUUCUCGAAAUUUGAUGUGACAAAUCCAUUGCUCCCGGCAAUGGCUGUCGCGUUGACAAACUUCGUGUUCACUUUUGUAGCUCUAAGGUAUGUUGAUACAGUGGGGAGAAGAUCGAUGCUACUGUACACAAUCUGGACUAUGACGUUCGGACUGCUCUUCUCUACAAUGGGGUUCAGUCGUGACAACGUUAACAUUUUGCUCGCAUCCAUUGUUGUGUACGUUGGUGGUUAUGCGUCCGCGCUGGGGACAGUGCCGUGGGGGUCGGUCGAGUUCCUCCCUUUGAACAGAAGAUCAUUUGGAGCUUCUUGCAUUUCAUGCACCAACUGGUUGACUAACGCACUGGUAUCAAUGACAUAUUUGUCCCUCAUGGCAAAGAUAGGUAACCAAGACACCAUGUUAUUGUUUGCAUUCUUCACCGUUUUGGCUUGGUUCUUUGUAUACUUUUGCUAUCCCGAGGUGAAGGGUUUGACUUUAGAGGAGAUUGGAAAAGUAUACGAAAAUGGAAUUGAUGUGCAUUACAUAUACCGAAACUAUCAUUGA